GCACAAAGAAACCAAGCCAAGCUUCUCUUGCGUGUCGCGUCAUGUGAAAUGCUCAUGUGUCAAAUAAAAUUCAGAAGGAAAUCGAAAUAGUUUCGCCGGCAGGAGGCGAGUAUACCCUACAUACUGCAUUACAAGAUGCCGCGUUGGAUGGCACAUUCCCGGCGUUGUGUUUUUCUUUUCGGCGUCCUCGUCUUUGGCGGCGUGGCACGCGCAGCGGACAGCGCAACUGCAGAGCCGUCGGCUAGUUCCGCGAUGGAACAAAUGUUCACGAAAAUUAAACAAAGCACAGGUAUCGACUAUCAGUCGAACAUGGAAAAGAAUUUUCUCAUACAGUACGACAUCAAGAAGAAGGAGGCGGAAGGGGAGGUAGUUAUAAAUUUUGCAUAGUUUAGUUUUUUGUCCCAGUCCAGUGAAGCUAAGCGUAGUGCAUACCAGUGGAGCAAAAUGCAGCGAAGAAGACGCUGGCGGGUUGACUGUGCUUCUGAGCGGAUUGGCGCUGUACACCGGCUCGGGGAAACGCGGCAGGAGACGGAUAGCACCGGGCACGGUGGCGGAGCGAACGCGCCGAAGCUGAGACUGACUGUGGCGCGCAGGCGGCGCUACGGGUGGUGGGGACGCAGGAGGAGCGGGCAAGCGGUGGCGUUGCUGUGUUUGGUCACGUCUGCGCGGUCAGAAAAAACGUCUGUUGAAGACGGUCCCGCAGGUCCGCGCCCGGUUUCCAGAUCCCUGCGGGUCACCCAGCGCCAUGGGAGCAGACGAGCAGACCCGAGGAGACGGGCUGCAGUACCAGGCGGCGAAGAUGUUGCUCAUCGUCCGCGACUAUACCCGCGCGGCUCCGGAGGCGAAAAUCCUCUCGCCCGCGCAGGGCAAAAUCCGCAACACCAAGGAGAUGAAGUGGAAGCGGGCUCCGAUGCUUGGAAAGAACGCGGCAGGCGAAGCGCGAAGUACUACCGCGCCAUGUGGGGGCGGACUCGCGAGCCCCGCCGCAAACUACGGCUCCCGGGGCCUCGCCACGCCAAGGAGCCUCUCGGGCGCGGGAAGCAACCCAAUGAAUUAGCGUCGCCGCGAUGCGGGAGGCGGCCAAGGUCUGCGACCACCCCGACAGGCACCUGGCUGAGCAUUUCCUGCGUGGCAUGAAGGCAGCUGGGAAUCUCGGCCGCGAAUGGGUGUGGCAAGUGAAUCCGGUGAUGGCCGAAAUAGGUUGCCAGGGAGUUCAGGACCUCUGCAGACGCGGCUGACGUCACCGAGCGCGCGGAGCCGACCGGGCGGGGCCCGAAGCUUUUGUGAGGGUCGCUCGGUUGUAUGGGUGACAUUCAUGAGCACCAAAUGGCCCUACAAGACAGUGGGGCGCAGGAACUUGGUCCCGCAAUCCAGCCCGUCUUCCCCGAAAUAGGGAACCAGCAAAACCAGGCCGGCAGUAGAUUAUCGUGCGCGACAUAGACAGGGCUGCGAAAGCACCGCGGAGCUGCUCGCGCUAAGUAAUCGAAAUGACCCCCUGGCAGGGGGCCACCUGCAACGCCGCCUGCCGGGCGGCGCAGCGGUCCAAGGAAUUGGAGGCGUGCUUUUGGUACGUAUAGAUACUGCGGUACGCCCGCCUGCCCGGCGGAUGAUAUUCCGCGAAAGAACCUCCUUCCCCGUCUCCUACAGUCCUGGCGCCCAGCAUAGCACCAGGAGCACCACGCGGGCCCCUCGGUCCACAAAUUUGUCAAGCGGCAGCUGCUCACUACGCUGCUGCCGGAGGACGUGGCACUGGACCCCACACACACGUCGAUCAGGACAAAUGUGGGGAGCGCGCGCGCUUUUGGGGUUUUCGGCGAGGCCGGACCGUAGCAGGCGGGCGGCAGCGCGGCAAAGUUUGUCUUUUCCUGCAUGUGAGCGUAGCCCUACUGGGCGCCUCGCCAGUGAUGAAAGUAGUCUCGUGCGAAUCGAUUGCGAACGAGAAACGAAAGGACCCGCAAGACAGCCUGCGCGCUAGUACUUGUUUGGUUGUUCGCGCGGAUUCCUGCUCUCGUUUUUGUCGCGGUGGCAAGAUCUCAUGAUGAGAACAGACACAGAUCAGCAUUAUUGCCCAAAUUUAAUCCCACAUCAAUAGUUGGUCGAGGACAAUGUGAAGGCGGUGGCGGGGCUACUGGUAAAUGGGCCAGUAAAACCAGAAGACAUUGCGGCGGCGACGAAAUACAUGCACGCGUACUUGUUGGCUGCGACGGAAGCGGAAGAAGAAACCGACUUACCAUUGGCGAGACUGAAUAUCCAGCGCAAUUAUGCCUAGGGGCUAGGGCAAAGUGCCGCGGCUGGAGCAAUAUCUGGCUGCCAACUGAUGCAAAAGUAAGAGCUUGCGUGACCCAGCAUGUUGCAAUUUUUCAUGAAAAUAAAGUUGCGACGCAUUGCGUUCUUCAUGCAAACUCGCACUCGCAGGCACAGUCUUACUUAGGGCUGAUCAAUAUGACUGCCGCAAAGAAGCUGGCGUAGAACCUGGCGAAGAAGCUGGCGUGGAAGCUGUUGGCGAGUAUGUAUCUGAGAUUUGUUUGAGGUCCUAACGCCAUAGGUAUAUUUGCGCAGGAUACUGCAUGCACUGCUCAAGGCAAAGGGGCCGGAGGAACGUCAAGGGGGCUCCGACAAGUGGGACGUGCCCGACAGCAAGGGAAAUCCCGGCCGCGAUGCGCUGAUCUGCUUCGUCGAUUGGGUGUUCGACGAGGUGAAGGCUACGGAGGCUACGGAAUUCGGCGUGGAUAGGGAGAUUCUCAAGGAAAAUGCGGAGAAAAUAGCAGGAGAGGCAAAAACAGUGUUCCGUACGGGUGAGACACGGUACAACUUCGGCAACAUGGUGACUCAAACAUGGGCGCUCGGAUAUGGCUCGUCGAUAAACGACGAGCUCGCUGAUGCAAGGAAGUUGGUUGACAAGGUGAAAUCUCAACUAUUCAAAAAAAGUUCAACGCUUAGAAAAAUAAUUAUAUCAACUAUUGAAAAUGAAAAUAAAAACUACUUCCAUCUACUAGUGAAAUUCAUUCAGUGGGUUUCUAGAGGAAUCUGGAAGCAAGUAUCAACGCCAGGUCGCUGCUUGCAUGUGCUUCGGUCGCAGCAUUCUUGCAGUGCAGACAGCGCAUCCACAUCCCCGGCUUUCAUGCCAUCAAAAAUCGCACGGAUUUUGUCAUCCGGGAUCGCAAAGAUGAUCCCGAACAUUGAAUGUUGGAAAUCGUUGAGGUCCAAACGUUGGCUUUGAAACGUUGAGACUUUACCUUGACAACCUAGGCCGUCCCUCCGUGCCUCUGAUCCUGAUUCUGAUUCUGAUUCUGAUUCUGAUUCUUCUGCUCUCCAAGUCGCAAUCGACGAGGGGUCAAGCACGUUGCAGCUGCCCGGCCGAGCUGCCGACUCAAUAUUCGCACAGCCACCCACCUCUUCCCGUGAUCAAGCUUCACACGACGAUACCACAGCCGCGACUCCUUUGACUACGCCGCAUGCGACAUCGACGUUGAGCGAAAAUUCUCGUGGACUGCAAGGGGAUGGCAGGGGCACCGUAUCGGCGCAAACUGCCGAUGUUUCGGCGACUCUCUGGGAAGUCGAAGUGAGUUCCGGGAAAGGUGAUCAACCAGCGAAAGUGAGAUCCGGUACUGUGCCGGCAAAGUCGACCGGGGAGUCCAGCGUGCUCUCAUCUGCAGAACACGGCCAACCGUCAAUAUCGGCCACGACCUUGCAUGCAGCCUCAGGGGAGAAAGCUGCGGUGCCGACUGAACAAGGGACUGCUGAUGUGGCUCAGCUGCAGGUGCAGCGAGCGCAAGAAACGAGCAACGGGCAACCAGUUCAUGCUCCCCAGGAAGAAAAUGCUGCGUCAGGAGAAACACAUGCCCGUGAAUGACAUUGCCAACACAGGCAGCGGUCCGUGGCCGACUAUGACGACACACGUUUUCGCACAUGUCACUUCCGUGACGUCUUCGUUGGUUGACACCUACCCAUUCGUUUCCGUUUUGAUACUCGGCGUGUUCUGUGGAUCGAUGCUCUUUCUCGUUCAGUGGAUUUGCUGCAACCGCGUGCAAGGCCUGGCUGCUGGUGCUGAGGCGCCUUUCUCCACGUCCGCAGCGCGUACCGGCAUUUUCGAGUCGGCGAGCUGGUUCUCGUUUUGGUGGUGUCGUUGCUGCGGCCGCAAAACGACCAAGGGCGAGAAGAUCACGUGUGGCGGGAAGAAGGAUCGGCGGUCAGCUGCAGCCGGUGGGGACGACGAUGCUGUUGCCGGAAAUGACAUCGAGCGCGGGCAGCGGACCAAGUUGCGCUGCUCUGGCGAAGAAGGGCAGGCGUGGAGUGGUUACGGAACCAUCGAGAACGCGGACGCGAACUGCACCACGGGCGGAGCGAAGGUCUAGUUGAGAGAAGCACUGCCUGUGCCUUCUCUGGUUCAGCUCACCGAGAGGUCAGCAGUUUCGACGGAAUUAUUAUUUUGAUGAUCGCUACAUCAGAUUCAGACAAGUUGAAUUUCAAUUCGAAUUGAAAUCCUUUUACGAUGACCCAUUAAACCUAGAUUGUUAAGAAGCGUUUACUAAGAAUACUGUCUCCUAUAAUAGAUUUUUUUCAUCAGUUUGUUUGCAAAUCGUAUCAAUUGGUUUCUUAAAGAACAAGUUCAAACGCCCAUCGACAGUUCGUCAUGACAUGCCUGGCAGAGAGUUCCAAGAACUCGUUGUAGUAAGUACUUACAAUCAGGACCAGGCGUCCUCUCACUGCUAGAGGAAUGUUUCCGCCAAUGAAUUGCACAUCAUAUAACAUGCGAAAAUGCCCCUGUAUACAUCGAGGAAAAAACCAUAAUCG